CGUGUUGCUAGUGUAACAAUAAGCAAGCGAGCGGGAUAGUAGGAGGGAUAGGAAGUGUGUCCCCGCCCCGCUGUGUCCUGUCAAGUCUGCCGCGUAUCUAGGGAGGAGAGAGGCGAUACCUCAGCGCUGCUACACAUCCCGGCACUGGCCUAUGUUCUGCAUGAAGACAUAGCCAUGGAGCUGAGGGGAGAAGUCCAUCUGUUGGUGUGGGUGGCGGCGGCCGUGGUGCUGCUGACCCUGCUGGCGCUCUCGAUUCUGCCUGCCCUGCAGGACUACGUGCGCAAAUGGAAACUUAUGAAACCAAUCCCGGGCCCCGGUCCCAAUUACCCGAUAGUGGGGGACGCGCUGUUCCUGAAGCCCAACGGGGGAGAUUUCUUCCUGCAAAUGUGUGAAUUCACAGAGAGCUUUAGAUCGGAACCACUUAUAAAAAUUUGGAUUGGGCCAAUUCCUUUUAUAAUAGUCUACCAUGCAGAUACUGUGGAGCCUAUUCUGAGCACAUCCAAACAUAUGGACAAGGCCUAUUCCUAUAAAUUUCUUCAUCCUUGGCUUGGCAAAGGACUGCUAACAAGUACAGGGGAAAAGUGGCGAUCAAGAAGAAAGAUGAUAACUCCAACCUUUCAUUUUGCAAUUCUCUCUGAGUUUUUGGAAGUCAUGAAUGAACAAUCCAAGAUAUUAGUGGAGAAGCUCCAAAAGCAUGUUGAUGGGGAGUCGUUUAAUUGCUUUAUGGAUGUGACGCUUUGUGCAUUGGACAUCAUAUCAGAAACAGCCAUGGGAAGGAAAAUACAAGCACAAAGCAAUAGAGAUUCUGAAUAUGUUCAUGCUAUAUACAAGAUGAGUGAUAUUAUUCAGCGCAGACAGAAAAUGCCAUGGUUAUGGCUUGACUUUUUUUAUGCAUAUUUGAAAGAUGGAAAGGAGCAUGAUAAAAACCUAAAAAUCCUUCAUGCCUUUACUGAUAAGGCUAUUCUAGAAAGAGCAGAAGAGCUCAAGAAAAUGGGAGAACAAAAAAAAGAACAUUGUGAUAGUGAUCCUGAGUCAGACAAGCCCAAGAAAAGAAGUGCAUUUCUAGAUAUGCUUCUAAUGGCAACAGAUGAUGCGGGCAAUAAAAUGAGCUACAUGGAUAUCCGUGAGGAAGUUGAUACCUUCAUGUUUGAGGGUCAUGAUACGACAGCUGCAGCCCUAAACUGGUCUUUGUUUUUACUUGGCUCACACCCAGAGGCUCAGAGACAAGUGCAUAAAGAGCUGGAUGAAGUUUUUGGUAAAUCUGACCGUCCUGUCACAAUGGAUGAUCUAAAGAAGUUGCGCUAUCUUGAAGCUGUAAUUAAAGAAGCACUUCGAAUAUACCCUUCUGUCCCGUUCUUUGCUCGAACCGUUACAGAAGACUGCAGCAUCCGAGGGUUUCAUGUGCCAAAAGGAGUGAAUGUUGUCAUUAUUCCUUAUGCACUGCAUCGUGAUCCAGAAUAUUUUCCUGAACCAGAAGAAUUCAGGCCGGAAAGGUUCUUUCCUGAAAAUGCAAGUGGGCGCAAUCCUUAUGCCUAUAUUCCCUUUUCAGCUGGACUCAGAAACUGCAUUGGUCAGCGUUUUGCUCUUAUGGAAGAAAAAGUUGUCUUAUCCUCUAUACUUAGAAAUUACUGGGUAGAGGCGAGUCAGAAACGUGAGGAUCUUUGCCUUCUAGGAGAUCUCAUUCUCCGCCCCCAAGAUGGCAUGUGGAUUAAGCUGAAGAACAGAGAAACUGCCCCUACUGCCUGAAACACAUAAACAUUGAAUUCAUAAUUCUGGGGUACCAAUGAAUACUGGUUAUUACUUAUAAUUGCUCAUCAUUUAAUUCUAUGUUUAUACAUAUAUCACAAAAUAUAGAAUUAUUACCAGAUAUUGAAUGUAAAUGAGAUUUAAAAUGUACCAUUGGAAGUAUCUAAAUUUAAAUUGCAUUGAAUGUAUAGAAAGAAGUAAUUUUUCUUUGCUUUUAGAAGCCUUUGUUGAUUUAUUCAGAGUAUGUUUAACUCUGUUGUACCUGUUGUAGAUGCUAUUUUUAUGUAGGUAACAUAUAUUAUCCUAACAUUGCCAUGAGAUGCCGGUUUUACAGAUGGAACAGGAUUUAUUGAUACAUUAUUGAUACUUUAUGCACAUAGCACACCAUUCAUCUCUUUGAGAAGAUGCUAUAUUAAAGUCUCCUUUAAUUGCAGUUACAUGUUAUACUUCAGUAUAAACGCAACGGGGCGGAGGGGGGUGCCAGGUACGUGCCUCCCUCUUGUCUGGAGCUUUCUCUCCCACUGCCCACAUGUUGUCUACCUCCCCUAGGGCACAUGGCUGGCUUCGCCCUGCACGGAUGCAUCCCCUCAAUGUUAAACCAUAACCUAGCACCCUACUGACAGGUUUUGGCCAUGUAGUGGGUAACUAUUACUACACUUGCUUUAGAUGUCUACACUGUUUUGUUGGCAUUGUUAGUUGAUAGGAAUAACUUAUACAGAUACUGUAACCCAAUGUAUCCUACAUCAACAAAGUCUGAGCGCCCUGGUGUAAUACUUUUUUCAAAUGUGUAAGAUAUAUUGGAAAUUCUGUGUUUCGUGCCCUCUAUGAAGGCACUCAGCCUGUAUUUAACAUAUAUUGUUAUAUCCUUAUAAUGUGCAGGGUAACAUGUCCAAUAUACAAAGAGACAAGAGGAUAAUGUAGGACUGCAGCCUAUCUUUUUUUAAACCUGGUGUGGCAGUGAUUUAUUUAAUUUCAGUACUUUGUUAAUUUUACACUGGGAAAUAUGCUAAACUAAAGUGACUUUAUAGAGCCAGCAAGGGAGCUACUCAGUCUCUGCUACAAGCUACUUAAAGGGGACCUGUCACCCACACAUAAAAAGCUGUAUAAUAAAAGUCCUUUGUAAAUUA